UAUCUAACAGCAUUUAUUUUAGUCAAAUUUAACCAGUUAACUGCAGAAUUAUUCUUCAGAAUUAUCUAUCGAAACAUUAUUUAUGCUAUAUAUAGAAGAUAAAUACUAUGGAAAAUGAAUUGAGUAUAUGGUAUAUGGUAUAUUUUUGUUCACCGGCUUCGCCAAAUAUAGCAUGAAUGUAGUGUCAGUAUAUCGAGAGUCUUUGUAAAAUUGAGGCUUUUUUUUGCAAGUUCUAUUACCUUUAGUUUGCAGAACUUCUACUUAUUUUAGAUAUCCGAUAAUGUUUAAAAGAAGGCUUCAAGCACUCGGAUAUUUAGAAUGGGACAAAGUUAAUAUAAAUGAUCCUCAACAUUUUCGUAAAGUAACAUUAUGGUUAGAAGAACAAAAGAUACGUCAGUAUAGUAUACAAGAUCGAAAAGAGCUACGCGAUAUAAAAAGUGAAAGUUGGCCUAAAACUUUUGCCAAGUACUGUGAGGAUGUUAAAUGUCCAAUUUCAAGUAACAAUAUGGAUCAACUUGAAUGGCUAAUUGGACGCGCUAUUUGGUUGGAGGCAGAGAAUAAUACUGAGCAGUAUUCGAAAGAUGUAAAAGAAAUAAAAUUGAAAAUGAAACAGGAAGCAAUGGUGCCACAUCUUAAGUCCACAAAUCCGCUUGACAACUUAGAUUCUCUCGCGAGAGCUUCAAUGAAAAAUUCGGCCGAUAUGUCGACUAAACGUAAAAUUCCGGCGACGAAGAAGGGCCGCGCGAAAUCAAGGAAGGUUGAAUAUGACGAGGAGGACAUCUCGAGCGAGCACGACUCCGAAGUUGAUGACGCUGAGACCGGCUCGAAUGCCGACGGUGAGGACGCUGCCGAAGAUGAUCUUGCCGAUGUCUCCAGUAUUCCUGAAUUGCCACCGCCUGAGGGAGGAUGGGGUAAGCCUGGAACAUUAUUAAUGUGUGGUCUGACAAAUUGGGACAUGGCAGGACGUAAAGCUCCACCGAAAGGCGUGAAAGUUAAUGUAGGGCGUAGUUUGUGGACCCCACAUACUUUCAAAAAUUUAAAUGGCGCUAGAGUCAGAUUAGUUGCUUCUGGCCCGGCUGCUUCUCAUAGUAUUAUUGUUACUGAGGAUAAUAGAUGCUUAGCUUUUGGUAGAAAUGAUAAAGGUCAGUUAGGUGUUGGUGAUACGAAACGUCGGGAUGAACCUACGGAAGUCACAGCAUUAAAAGGUCAUACAGUUAUAGGAGCAUCUUGCGGCCGCAAUCAUACUUUAUUUUUAACAAGCCGCGGCAUCGUAUUUGCCGCUGGAGACAAUAAACUAGGUCAAUGCGGCGUUGGGAAAUCCGAUGCCUGCAUUGUCUCUGCCACUAAAGUAAAGUAUUCUGGUCCGCCAAUAGUGAAAGUGGGUUGUGGUGCAGAUUUUUCGAUGAUACUAGACAUUAAAGGUGGUCUACACUCGUUCGGAAGCCCAGAGUAUGGAGCAUUGGGCCAUAACACAGAUGGGAAAUAUUUUGUAACGAAUACGAAGAUGGCGUUUCAUUUUGAGAAAGUGCCUAAGAGAAUCGUUUUAUACAUUGAAAGAGCGAAGGAUGGCCAUGUUACGCCGUUAGAUCGUGUUGAGAUCACGGACUUCAGUUGCGGGCACCAUCAUACUGUUGCAAUUGAUAGCAAAAAUCGUGCAUUCUCAUGGGGAUUCGGAGGUAUCGGUCGUUUGGGCCACAACGAGCAACGAGAUGAACUAGUGCCUCGUUUAAUUAAAUUCUUGGAGCCGCCUACUCGUGGUGUUAGGGCUAUACAUUGUGGUAGUACUUAUAGUAUUGCCAUCAAUGUGCACGGAUCAGCCUUGAUGUUCGGACAAACGAAACGUACCGGAGAGGCAAAUAUGUAUCCAAAACCGAUCCAGGAUUUGUCUGGUUGGGAAAUUAGAUGCGUCGGAUGUUCUCAGACUAGCGUAGUAGUCGCAGCGGAUGAUUCGGUUAUCGCUUGGGGCGCUAGUCCUACUUUCGGUGAAUUGGGUUUCGGUGAAAUGCGUAAGUCCUCGACUACCCCGAUGGAAGUGAAAGCGUUGGAAGGUUUGUACAUUACUGCUGUUACCUGUGGUCUCUCUCAUACGCUUAUGAUUUGUCGAGACGAAUCUGAAGAAGAGAAGACUAAAAUUAACAAACUUCAAGUAUAUUCCGUUUAAAUCGGAUAAUUUACAUUUUAAUUACUCAUAAAGUAAACGCUAAUCGAAUUGUCGCGUCGAUACAUUGGGAAAUUUUUUCUAUACUCAUCGCAAUCAUUAUUACAUUUAAGGAAAAGGAGAGAAAAGAAAAUCGAAUUGUAACAAAAGAAAA